AUGAUUUUAAAAGAAAUGUUCAGAUGAAGUUAUUUUAAAGCCUGCUCUCUUGCAAAUGGCGUUAUGCCGUGAGGUCCGGUCACGUGGUAUAACGUGUUUUUUUUUUGUUUUGUUUUUUUUUUUUUCUCCUUUCUUUGUACCAACCGCUAUUGCUGUAAAGACAAUAAGACUAAUCCUUGAGGUAAAUUAGAGAAGGUAGAGGUUUUUUAACCAGCUAGGCCAUUUGCAAUGUUUCCAGUAAUGUCCGCUAAAUGACCGUGUCACUAAAAGUGCAAACAGGUCUCCGACGAGAUGCUUCAGACGGCAAAUCCCACUUCAAAUUUAGAACGCGUUUAACAAGUUGUGACAUCACAAUUUUCCCGAAAAAGAACGUUUUAUUGAUGGAAUACGGGAUACUUCACUGACUUCAUUAGUACAGUUAUACCUUGGGUAUGAAUCUUGGGUUUGGAAAGCGCCGGAUGUGAAGUGACUACUUCCCCUUGAAUUCAUUUUCCGCUUUUAGUCAGAAACGAUCGUGAACCAUAUAAUAAACAACUUAUCAACCUCGAUCGUUCGGUCAAUACGGGAAAAUUACAAACCUCAGCCUGGCUGUAUUGACUGAGCGAAGCCUUGAGAUUUUCCCGUAACGACCUCACACUCGGCUGAAAAAUGAUUUUCAUUAAAAGCAAACACGGGGCAAUACGGGUCAUUCAUUUGAUAAAAUUAAGUAUUUAAGCAGCUAUGAAAACUGGUACAAUGAAAGCGUUCAAGCAGCUCAGACUGAUGGAAAAAGAAACCUGGUUGGAUGAAGGCAGAGGGGGGACAGGCCAUUGCUUCUAUAGAAGGGUCGUGCAAGUAGUGUUUCCCGGCGGCUAACAAAGCUCGUUUGAUCUUUGGAUUAAGAAGGCGACCGAUCAUGCUCAUAAUAAUCUAGCAUUGUGCAUAUUGCGCAAACAUAGACGUAUUUACAUCUUUAGCAUGUUGCAGCAGCUGAAAAUGCUUGAGGCGUAACGUGGUCAAACCGUCAAUCAACAAGAUCAAGUCACGCGAUCCCGUUUGCAGUUGUAGGGUAAAUUCAAUGGAAAAUGCGAUUCCUUUGCUAUCUUUGUUCGUUGAUCUUUCAUUUAAGAUCAUCAUAGCUUUCUUUUGAAACACAUCGGGUGAUCAUCCUCGGUGUACGUGCUCUGGCUUUUCCGAGAAAAGCUGAUCUUUUCCGGUUGAGCUGACAAUCCACGAAAAACCGGUCUGAUAAUCGUCUUUAAUUACAUUCUAAGCCAGUCGAGGGGCCGAUUUCACCAUGGAUGUUCAACAACUGUUUAAAGACCUCAGGAAAGAGGCUGAAUGUCCUCUCUGCUUGGAGACAGUCAAAGAUCCCAGGACUCUGCCAUGUUUACAUUCGUUCUGUCUGCUGUGUCUCGACAAGCACGCAAACUGCGCAAGAAGACAGCUUCAGACAACAAUCAAAUGUCCGGUUUGUCAGGCUAGUUUUCAAAUUCCUGAAGAGGACACGUUUGGCGGCCUCCCUGCAUCUUUUCAUCUCAACCGACUAGUGGAUCUCCUUGCUCUAACGGAUGACAGUAUAGAGUCCCAGCAAUGCGGCAGCUGUGAAGAAAACAACACAGCAACUCAUUACUGUUUUGGGUGCCAGAGCUUUCUAUGUACACCUUGUUUUGAAGCUCAUCAGCGCAUCAAGUCCACAAGAGGUCACAGAAAUAUCUCUGUCGAGAAUUUGCAGCCAGACGAUAUGGAAGAGUUGAUUCGCAGACCAGUUAUGUGCUCAGAGCAAUACCACCAAGAUCAGCCACUUGAAUAUUAUUGUCAAGAUUGUAACGUUUGUACCUGCAUGAAGUGCAGUGUUGUGAGUCACAAUCGACACACUAUGGUUGAUAUGCAGAAAGCUGCAGAUGAACAAAAGAUACAAAUAAAUGAGGCUUUGAAGAAAAUGAAAGCGGAGAUUGUUACUUUUGAAAAUGAAAUGAAGUACCAAACUGAGUUAUUGGAUAAAAACAAAACACAAACAUUGGCUGCAAAAGAGAAGAUGAACGAAACUGUGGACGAUUGUAUUCGCUUCUUAACUGAACAUAAAGCGAUAAUGAAUGCCAAAUUCGAUGAAAUUAAUCAAGCGCAUCAAAAAGCUCACGCAACACAUCUGGAAAACUUCCAGCUCGCUGUCGGUCAAUUGAGAAGCUCUCUUGAACAAGGUGAGAACAUCUUAGAAAGGAAUAUCAAUGUUGAAAUUUUGCAAACAAAGGCAGUGAUUGUUGGACGUUGCGAGGACCUUUUGAAUGCAAAAAAACCUGAGAUCUACAAACCACCCCGUGUAAAUUAUGUUGUAGAACAGAAAAUGGAUAUUUUGGAUCGAGUUCUUGUAAACCAUACGGAUCCAUCAUCGACACUUGUCGGAAAACUUUGUGAAAAGAUUGGAGAACAGAAUGAGACAUAUUUUACUAUUACAACGAGAGAUUCAGAGGGAAGACUAAGUUAUAACAAGGAUGAUCACAUUAAGUGUGACAUUCGCACUUCAACAGGGGAUAGCUUAGAAACAGAUCCAGAGAUUGAAGACAAGGAAGAUGGUAUUUACACAGUAAAAUAUACACCACAUCAGGCUGGAUUAUAUGAAUUGAAAAUUGAAGUUAAUGGACAGCCGCUGGAUCAAGGUCCAUGGACAGUUGAGGUCAUCCAUCAGUAUCAAUUUAAGUUUGAGUUUAAGUUUGGUUCAAGUGGCAACGGACCAGGACAAUUCAAUUAUCCUUAUGACAUUGCUGUUAGUAAGAAAUCAGGAACUAUUGUGGUUUCUGACGUUACAAAAGGAACAAUUCAUCUCUUUAACUCCAAUGGGAGUUAUCUGAGAGAGAUAGGAUUGGGUACUUCUUGUACGGCAUUAAGUUUUACCCAGGCUGGACACAUUAUUGCCGUUACUCCUCAUGAUGUUAAUAAGGUUCGUUUGUUUCCUGAGAACGGUAGUUUUGUCCAGUACAUCAAUAGUGCACACUUGGAAAGGCCUUUUCACAUAUCCACUGGAAAAGACGAUCGCAUUACCGCUUGUGAUGGAAAAAAUGUCUUUGUUACCUCCCCGGAUGGAACAGAAUUACUGAAACGUUUCAGUGCCUCUGAACAUGAGGAAUCAGUAUGGUGCGCAAUCUAUCACGAGGAGAAAUUCUUUGUCUCUGAUCAUAAAGCUAGCCGCGUUGGUGUUUAUGAUGAGGACGGAAUGUUGCUAUACGAUAUUGGCAGCGAGGGGUCUGGUAACGGACAGCUAUGCCAUCCCAUAGGACUUGCAAUUGACAAAUUUAACAAUUUGAUCCUCUCUGAUACUGGGAACAGAAGAGUUCAAGUAUUCUCUUUGGACGGAAAAUUUGUCUCGACAAUUGGACACUUUUGA